AUUUUCCUUUUAGAUGUCACUGUUGAGCGAUGAGGUAAUGACGAAGUAGGAAAUUAUGUUUAUGAUUAGUUAGUAAGAAAUGAUGAAUAGUGAAAUAAUAAGCUAAUAAUUUUUUAAGUUAACCUUCGUUAAAAUAUUAGAGUGUGAUUUUUUUUAAGUAUGGUAAAAUCUGAGCAGGUGUUAACGGAAGAUAAAGCCACUAUGAAUUGUACUUCACCUCCAUCAUCCCCAGUGGAACAAGAUAAUAUUCGUGAGGGUCACUCUGUCUUAAAUUUAAAAGACGAAAACUUAUGUUCUGAUGAUUCUUCUUCGGAGUUGCCAUCAUCGUUAAUUAUAACAAAUAUUGAUGUCAGGGUUUUUUCAGAUCCAGAUUUAAAGGCCAGUUUUGAAGAACUGUUUAAGAAAUAUGAAGAAGAUACAACGUUCCAAUAUUUCAAGAGUUUCAGAAGAGCAAGAGUCAACUACCAGAACCAAGAAUCUGCUGCUAAAGCAAAGGUUCAUUGCCAUCAGUCUCAAUUUGGAGAAAACUUAAUCAACUGCUACUAUGCACAGCGAAGUAGCAGUAAAGAAUCUGAUCUUUCGGACACACAUUUACAACCCCCAACUCCAGAGAAACAGUUUCUCAUUUCCCCACCUGCAUCACCCCCUCCUGGAUGGGAACCAGUUGGUGAAGCUCAGCCUGCCAUUAAUUAUGACCUGUUAUCUGCAAUUGCUGAUCUGACACCUGGUGGGGUUCAUGAACUUCAUCCUCCAUCUACUUCUCAACCUGGAAUAGUUGUCCAUGUUUGUGAACAGAAAAAAGAAAAAACACAGCCGAAACUCAAAAUUGUUCAUACACGAUGUCCCGGAAAAACACCUUCUCUUGAUGAGAUGGAGAGCCCUUCUCCUCCCACCUCUACUGAUUAAGGAGAUGAAAUUGUAUUGACUCUCAGAUCAGCAUUAGGGUUAAGUGAGUACUUCAAAGUUGGCAAGUUUUCAGCUCUCAGUUACUUGAAAGUUGUAUAUUAUGGUACCUGGACAUAAUAUUAAAUAUGUUAUAAAUUUGAUGACCAACUUUAAAAUAAAAGGAUGAAAAUAACCUUGAAAGUUUAAUUUUCAACUUCUUUAUUCUCAUUCAAUUUUCUGAAGAGUAGUUAAAAAUUGUGUAGAAAUUGUAAACAUUAAUAUGUUAGAAAAAAUUGGAUGUAAAAUGAAAUAAUUCAUAGUAUGGAAAGCUGUGAACUCCUAGUGCAUAAUUUGAAGUACAGCAUUAUUAAUUGUAAACUUUCUCCAUCUUGUACGUAUAAAGUUAUAUUUCUUCAUAUGUACCUAAGAAAGUUAUUGAAUAGCACAGGCUAAUUUUAUUUAGAGUGAACUGAGGAUGCAGUGUUUUCAUUUUAGUUUAUAGUUUAGAGCUAGGCAUAAGUCAGUGUUGUAAAAUUUCCCAAGUUACAGGAAAAAAAAACUUCUGCAUGGUAAAUAUUGUAUAGUGUUAUUAGGUAUACAAUAAAUUAUUUUAAAAUAUUAAAUGUCAGUAGAUAAAAUAAAGAAAUGAGAUUAUUUAGUUUCUGAACUAGUAUGGUUGAUAAAUAAAAAGAACUUGGGUCCUUAAAUAAAAGGAAGAGAAGAGUUUGCUAUUUUUUAGGAUUUUUGUAAAUUAAAGUUUUUUAUUUUUGAAUAAUAUUGUUAAGGUGUUUGUUGAUGUGUUAAAAGAAAUUUCUUAAUUUAAACUAUCCCAAUCUCUUUUGUAAAAGAGUGGAGCUCAAAAUAUUUUAUUACCACUAUUCAUGUGUUUUGCAUGUUCUGUUUUUAUCUGAUAAAUAUAUUUCACUGUAGGAAUGCAUUUCAUUAUCAAUUAUAUUUAUGUUUUACUUAUAAUACGUAAAAUAUAGAAAUUAUUUAUGUUAUGUAAUUUCUUUAAACAAAUAAAUUAACUGGUGUUUAUGUCAGCUAUGGUGUUGAUAUAAUUACAGAAAUAAACAUGAAUAACAUUUCUUAAUAAAUAAUUGAAAUACAUUUCAAUUACCAAUAAUAAGUUUAAUUUUUCCAGCUCAGUUGUUAAGGUUUGAUAAUAGUUAUUAGCCAUGUAAGAACCUUGGUGAAAAAUCACUAAAAAUGUGUAACUCCAUAAAUAUUGUGAGAAUGUUUUAUUUAUUUAAUUUUAUGUUUAGUAGUUUAUUUGGUAUUACAAAGUAAGAAUCACGUGGUUGAUGUAUGUUAACAGAAUUUGUAUGGUUCUACAUCUUUUUACCUAAUGAUGAUUUUUUUACACUUUCAGUAUCUUAAAUGUUUCUAGUAAUUUAUUAAAAUUCUGUUUUAUUAAUAGU